AUGCAGGACCAGAUAGAGGCAAUCCCCGGAACGGUCCACCUUGUGGACUCACAGGGGAACAUGAAUUCGCAGCACGCGCGUGGAGCGGAAAGGGAUAUUGUCCUUGUGCCAGCGCCAUCGGCCCACCCUGACGAUCCUCUCAACUGGUCCCCCCGGCGCAAAUAUCUCUCUGCUUUCUGCAUGGCGGCCUAUGUCUUUCUGAUCGGCAUUAGCUCUUCGGCCUUGUAUUCCACGCUGGGCCCCCUGUCAAAAGCGACGGGUCUCACUUACAAUGACCUCAACUCUGGAACCGGUUACAUGUUCUUGUUCUACGGAUGGGGAUGCAUUAUCUGGCAGGCCCUAGCUAUCCAGUAUGGAAAAAAGCCAGUGUACCUUUUGAGCACAGCCGGCACGUUGGCUGUAAUGGUCUGGCAGCCCUACGUCCGCUCCAACGGAGAGUGGGUCGCAACCAAGAUCUUGCAGGGGAUAUUUGGUGCACCCAUUGAGUCUCUCGCUGAGAUCACAGUUUCGGAUGUGUUCUUUACGCAUGAAAGAGGCAAGUUCAUCGCACUCUACGCCCUCGCGCUUGGAUGGAGCAAUGGAGUUGCGCCUUUGAUAAUGGGAUUUAUCAAUGACGGCCAAGGCUACAAGUGGGUUUUUUAUUGGUGUGCCAUCUUUUGCGCCAUCUUAUUCCUCAUCAUCUUCUUCUUCAUGGAGGAGACAAAAUUCGACCGCGCCAAGUACAUGGCCACUCAUCACAUCGAAGGCCAACCCCUACCAAGCGCCAACCGUGUCCAGCCGGAGCUCGAUAGUAAGGAUGACACAGAUGACAAGAAGGAUAGCAAUCAAGAGCCGCAGUACCAGAAGAAGCCCCGACUGGCCAGGCUGAAGCCUAUCGAGCGAGAGAACCUGCGUGGUAAGAAUCAACUUGUCAAGCUAAUCAUUCGCCCCAUCCUUCUCCUCUUGUUCCCCAUCAUUUCCUACGCCGGUUUCAUCUAUGGUAGCAACAUCAUCUGGCUGUCGGUUUUGAACGCAACAGAAUCCAUGGUCUUGUCCAAUGAGCCGUACAACAUGUCAACUUCCACAGUUGGACUGACCUUUAUCGCCCCCUUGGUUGGCACCACUCUCGCAUGUGUGUAUACCGGCAUCUUCGGAGAUCGCUUCAUUGUGAAGAUGGCCCGCCGCAACAAUGGAUACAUGGAGGCCGAGCAUCGGCUCUGGCUCUUCCUCCCUUCGCUUGUACUCAUUCCGUUUGGCUGCAUCUUAUUCGGUGUCGGAGCACACUUUGAAGUGCACUGGUUCGGCAUCGUCUUUGCCAUGGGAGUCAUCUCAUUUACCACGACGGCUGGAUCCCAAAUCUCGAUCGCAUACUGCAUCGAUUGCUAUCGCGACCUUGCAAGUGAGGCUUUGGCCACGGCCAUUAUCAUCCGAAACACGAUGGCAUUUGGUAUUGGAUAUGCCGUGACCCCUUGGGUUGUCAAUCUCGGUUACCAAAACGCCUUCAUUCUUGGGGCUUUCGCAGGGCUUGCGCACAACUUGACCAUUUUCCCCGUCAUGAAAUGGGGACGCGCCCUGAGAGAGCGAAGUGCCGAGAAGUACUGGAAGACGGUCAAGGAAGGAUCCGAUUUGGACCUUAAUCAUUAA